ACCCCACACAAGUACGAGGUACGUCGCACACCAGCCGUAUAUCUUGGAUCUAGCGGAAGAAGCAAUGGGCGAAUCUGAUUGUCCUCAAGCGCUGGUCUCUCAGCAUCCGGUUCUCCAACACAAAUUGGCUCUGAUUCGGCGCCAAGAAGGAACCGCCAAGGACUUCCGGACGCUGUUUCGUGAGAUUACCUUUUACUUAGGCUACGAAGCCACUGCGACCCUGACGACGACGUCCAUUUGCGUGAAAACAGACCGCACGGACCAGUGCCCCGCGAAAACGAUCGCCGAGACGGUCGCCGUGGUGCCCAUCCUAAGGGGAGGACUGGGGAUGACAGAAGCGCUUUUGGAGCUCUUGCCGGAUUCCCCCGUCUACCAUGUCGGCAUGUACCGCAACCCGGGGAGCAACAUUCCUGUACAAUACUACAAUAGGCUACCGAAAGGACAUCCCUCCGACGUCGCGCUGAUUCUGGAUCCUAUCAUCGCCUCAUCUCGCACCAUUAAUGCCGUGGUGUCCAUUGUGAAGAAGUGGGGAGCCAAGACGAUCAAGGUGGUGACCUUGGUUGCAUCACGGAGCGGGUUGGAGGCUUUGAACAAAAUGCACCCGGAGGUACAGGUUCAUCUCGCCUCAAUCGACGAGCUCGCACCGAACGGUCAGGAUCUCAUCCCUGGGAUCGGCGAUGCUGGAGACCGCCUAUACCUGGGGACGAACUCCCUGGAAACUGCUCCUCCGUCAGAUGUUGAGGUCCCGACCAAGAAACCCAAGCAGUCAACGUAG